AUGUCCGACCAAACAAACUCACGGUUCACACCGUCGAACAAAACAGUGACUGAGCGAAUCUCGGACAGCACUGUCGGCCUCGUCGCCCUCUCCGAUUUCCGCAAGCGACGCGCCGAAGUCCUCGACCAGCAAGACCGCGAACGGGAGGCGGCCUUGUCCGGCGCAUCCACACCCGACCGAUCCGUCUCUGCGACACCAGACCCUGCAAGCGAUCAUGCGAGCGGUGUAAACAAGCCGAAGAAGAAAAAGAAGAAGCUUGGCGGCAGCAAGCUGUCUUUUGGCGACGACGAAGAAGAAGAGGAGGACGCGGCACCCAUCAAGAAAGGCAAAAAGGUAGAGAGCGGCGAUGGCGACAAGGCAGAGAAGAAGUCAAAGGUUGUCGCCAACUCGUCGGUGGCAUUUGUGCCAAAGGUCAUGUCGAAGGCCGCGUUGCGCCGCGAAGCUGCCGAGCGGGAGGCGUUGCGACGCGAAUUCUUGGCCAUCCAAGAGGCGGUCAAGGCCACUGAGAUCGCGGUACCCUUUGUGUUUUACGAUGGAUCCAACAUACCUGGCGGCACGGUGCGUGUAAAGAAGGGCGACUACAUCUGGGUCUUCCUGGAUAAGAGCCGCAAAGUUGGCGCGGAGCUUGGCGUAGGAGAGAAGGCAAACGCACGGAGAGAAUGGGCAAGAGUGGGAGUGGACGAUUUGAUGCUCGUAAGGGGGUCAAUCAUCAUUCCACAUCAUUAUGAGUUCUACUUCUUCAUUAUCAACAAGAGCGCAGGCCCGGGUGGCCAGCCGCUGUUCAACUACUCCGCGGAUGCGCCGCCCAGGAAGGACGAGCCCGAACCGGAGGUGCCCGCCGCCCCCAACGGCGGCCUCACCACUGCAGCGGCACUCAAGGCGGCUGCGGUAAAGGCCCUUCCCGAUAUCAACACCCUUGAGGGCGCGGCCGACGAUCCGACCCUGACGAAAGUGGUGGACCGGCGCUGGUAUGAGCGCAACAAGCACAUCUAUCCAGCGAGCAUGUGGCAGGAAUUCGACCCCGAAAAGGAUUAUGACACCGAGGUUCGGAAAGACGCCGGCGGGAACACCUUCUUCUUUUCGAGAUGA